GUAAAAAAAUGAUAUUGAAAGGAAUUAGUGGACAAUUUAAAUGCAAUGAGCUGACUGCGAUUCUUGGACCCAGUGGAAGUGGAAAGUCAACUUUAUUAAAUAUUCUCACUGGUUACACGAGUCAUGGAAUUGGUGGAACAAUAAAAGUCAAUGGAAAGGUAACAAAUAUGCAGUAUUUCAAAAAAAUGACUUGCUACAUAAUGCAGGAUGAUUUGCUUCAGCCAAAACUAACUGUUAUCGAAGCAAUGAACUUUUCAGCUGAUCUCAAGCUUGGCAAUAGUGUUUCUUACGAACAAAAAAAAAUAAUAAUUACAAAAAUAUUAGAAACUUUGAGGCUUACCAAUGCUGAAAAUACAAUAAUGGAAAGAUUAUCAGGUGGUGAAAGAAAAAGAUUAGCAAUUGCUCUUGAGCUUGUUAAUAAUCCACCAGUUAUUUUUCUCGAUGAACCAACAACUGGCUUAGAUGAAUUAUCAUCAGUUCAAUGUAUAAAUUUGUUGCGACAAGUAGCAGAGGGAGGGAGGACAGUUAUAUGCUCAAUUCAUACACCAAGUGCAAAUAUUUUUUCUAAAUUUCAUCAUGUUUAUGUCGUGGCAAAUGGACAAUGUGCUUAUCGUGGUCCAGUAAAUAAUCUCGUUCCUUUCUUGAACGAUGUUGGCAUUGAAUGUCCAAAGCAUUAUAAUCCUGCAGACUUUGUUGUUGACAUUGCAUCUGGAGAAUAUGGAACAAAAUUUAUUGAUAGUAUGAUUUCGGAAGUAAAUACAAAAUAUCCAAUAACUCCAAUUCAACAAUCGUUAACGACGAUUGAUAUUGAAACUAUAUAUAAAAACACUAUUAAAAUAUCAUGGCAAACACAAUUUUGUACUCUUUUAAAACGCAUGAUGAUUCAAUUGCUCAGAGAAAAGGAUUAUUUGGGUUUAAAAUUAUUUUUAUAUAUUUUUCUUGGAUUUAUAAUUGGUGGUAUUUAUUUCGAAAUUGCCUUGGAUGGAUCAAAGACAAUUGAAAAUUUAUUUUUCUGUCACACUACAUUGUUCUAUUUUUUGACAGUACCAAUGCUUCCUAUUCCACUUCGCUUUCCGAUAGAGUUACGAAUAGUAGAGAGAGAACAUUUUAACCGAUGGUACAGAAUUACUCCUUAUUUCCUAGCUUCAACUGUUUCCUGCGUGCCUAUAUAUUUUUUUUUGUGCACAAUACACUUGUCGAUAACAUACAUUAUGUCUUCUCAAACACUUGAACUUUCUCGAUUUGCCAUGUUUUUUACUAUUAGUUUCGUCUUUGGAUUGGUUAGCGAAACUAUCGGCUAUAUCAUCGGCAGCGUUUUCAACGUUGCCACUGGAGUUUUUGCUGGAGCUGUAGUAAUUUCAGCAUCACACGUGAGUACUAUCCAAGGAUUGGGUUCAACUGAAAAACUGCCAUGGUAUCGUUUACUCAUGAUGUAUUCAUCACCAUUCAGAUGGUCCAUUGAAGGAUUAAUUUCAUCUGUAUAUGGAUUUGAGAAGGAAGAUUUGGAAUGUCCUGAUCAUAUUGAUUACUGUCCUUACCGUAAAGUCGUAGAUACAAUGAGCGUUGGAAGAUUCGAAGAUGCAAAUUAUGGAUUAGAUUUUUCUGUUGUAAUUGUUUAUUAUAUUAUUCUAAGAGCAUUGUUGUAUUAUAUUGUACGACAAAUAUUUCAACCAAAUGCACUGUUUCGUGCACUAGGUGCAAGAAUACCAAGAAGUAUGCGGCUGAAGUGA